CAUGUUUGCGAUAUGCGGAUUCUGUGUUUCAUUGUUAUCCUAUUGCGAUUCGGAGCAUCUGGAAAUACAGCUAAAGGAGAUGCGGAGAGCAGGUCAACCAGAAGUUGGUGGGAUGCAGUGCCUCGUCUUCUGACCGACAUAGUUACCAUGAAGGCCAACAUUCUCACCGCUGCUCCACUCGAACUGGCCGCCAAUGCCAUCGAUGCUUUGUGUUCCUCUACCCUUUUUAUGGACCGAGUGCCUCCGCAAAUCACUCCGGAUAUAAAUAAAAUGCAUUUUCAGUACAUGACUCCGUGCCAGAACUUCAGUGUUCCGCUGCUGGAGGCCUCGAAGCUCUGGCGGCACUCCAGAUUCAGCAAGGGACGCAAGGUGGUUAUCCUGGCCACCGGUUGGACCAACACGGUGAACGAAUCCUCCGCUAUUUCCAUGAUCUCCAAGGCUUUCAUGUGUCGUGGCGAUGUGAAUUUUGUGAUUGUGGAUGCCGCUGACUAUGUGGACACCUUGUACUCCUGGUCGGCCCUGAAUACGGACUUAAUUGGCGAGCAUAUUGGAGUGGGUUUAACCCAUCUUAUAGAGCUGACUCCACUUCGAAACAUCCACUUGAUUGGCGAGUUUCUAAAGUAUGCAUUGUUUUCCCCAACAGGACAUUCCCUGGGAGCUCACAUCAUGGGCACUGCGGGUCGGACAUUUAAGCGGCUAACUGGAAAGCUAAUACCCAGGAUAACUGGCCUGGAUCCGGCCAAACCCUGCUUCCGGCGGGAGAACGUCUUGCCAGGAUUGACGCGUGGCGAUGCCAAGCUGGUGGACAUUAUUCACACCAACAUAGGCAUCCUAGCCAAGCGUGGCCCUCUGGGGGAUGUGGAUUUUUAUCCGGGUGGAGCUCAUCCCAUUCAGCCUGGCUGCCUGACCAUCGGUUGUUCGCAUACCAGAGCGGUGGAGUAUUUUGCCGAGAGUGCAUAUCCCCAACAGGAGAAGAAUUUCAUGGGUAGCAAGUGUGCCUCCUGGGAGAAGCUAAGAAGACGGGAUUGUUCUGCAGAUGCAGUUUCCCCAAUGGGCUAUAAAAUAAAUCCCCAAGCCAGGGGCAUUUACUACGUGGAAGUUAAUGGCUGGCCUCCUUAUGGACGGAACUCGGAGGAUUCCAUUGAUCCUAGACUAAAGACUUGCUAUCUCUGCCAGAGGUGA